UUCGGCGAAAAAAACGAAAGCUAAGAUGUAAAGGUUAUCCAGUUCAGACUCGAUUUGCGAGUGUGAGAGACUCCAUAAUUACGGUUCUAGUGCCAGUUUGUAUAAAUUCCUCUUCUAUACACUUUGUAUUUAAUAUAAUGCCAGUUGAAAAGCUACGUCUUCGUCCUUGGUUAGAAAACGCUCUCAAUACUGGUAACAUACCCGGUGUAAAGUGGUUGGACUUUAGAGAGAAGGUUUUUCAGGUUUCCUGGAAGCAUGCUUCAAGACAAGGCUGGAAUGUCGAGACUGAUGCUUGUAUAUUUAAAGAAUGGGCAAUUCACACUGGUAGAUACCGUCAGAAAUGCGACAAACCGGACCCGAGACGAUGGAAAGCCAACUUUCGAUGUGCUUUGAAUGCUUUGCCWGACAUAAAAGAACUYCAAGCCCGUGGCGUCACGCGGGGUAAUAACGCUUAUAAAGUCUAUCAGAUGCUUGCAAAAAAUACAGAGCACACUAAGGACAGAGCGAAAAAUAAUAAAGAGUCUGAUGUAUCGAAGGUGAAUCAAACAAGCACGGGCCAAUCAAAGUAUGACAAUGGCAUCAUAAGCCGUUCUCCUGCAACUGUCAUCAAACGACAUUCUGUAAUACACAAGUCGUCUACAGUGUUUCAGAACUCAGACAGCCGCCAUGCUAUCUGCACUACUCACCCUGUUCAUCCUCAGACACUGAUUCCUUAUUGGCCCACUUUAACAGCCUACUCUCCCCACCCUCACGUAAAAGACCAUGACUACUUGACCACGUGGUGUGACCCUAGACCGGAAAUGAGAGAUAUUGGUGUUAUGACGUAUCAAGAGAUCAAGAAAGAACCAAUCUCCCCGGACAGCCAUCAUGGACACUGUUGUCAGAACUACGAUCAGGACGCUGUCGUUGGUCUAACUGAUUAUCACUACAUUAACAACGUUAAAGAGGAAAAGACCAUACCUUGUGAUGAAGAAAUCCCAAAUGAUCAGGAAAUCAUAGAUCUGGUUGACAGUAUGUCACAAGACAGUGACACAUCUUCUAACGCUAGCGGCUCAUCAUAUGACGAGUAUGAUGGUGAAGUAAACAAUGAAGAACRACAUCUUAAUAGGUCACCACUUUCUAACGAUCCAAGAUCAAAAUCUCUUACUAUUCUAAAGCCCAGCAUACAUACUGAAGAUUACCUGUUCAUGUAUGAUUACCAGAGCACCGCUCAGGCUCCUCCUCCUCUGACACCAGAGAGUGCUAGUGAGAUUCUUAAGGGUAUCACGAACAACGAAUCGUCAUAAAGCGGGUCGACCACUAUCGUCCGGAACGAAACUUGUGAUUGAUCGAAUGCAAAGAAUUGUAGGAUUAUAUCAGACAAUGUCUGAUUGUUAAUUGUCAAUUGUCAAUUUUUUUAAGGAAAUAUUCAUUUUUUGUAUUGCAUGUCUCUCUUUGUUGUUUCAUCAAUCACAAUUUUUAUUCUAACAGUAGUGUACAGCUCCGUAAAGCCCCACAAACACAGAACAGUUGUUAUUGGGACUGUAGAUUAUAGUAUAUAGUACAUCCUAUAUUUCAUACCUAACGGGUUUUUUAAUCAACGAAACAUUCAACUGUAAAUGCACCAGUGAUUUAUCCUUCCCCUAAUGACAUCAUGUUUGUGUGUCGAGAGGUGCAUGUCGGGAUUAUUGAAAGUAUCAAGAUGGAAGAUGCGAAGAGCAUUACCUGCCAUCGAAGUGCCUAAGAUAACCGAUACCAAUCCUGAAUACUCAGAUGUCUGUACAUACACUAUUUAGUAUGCCAAAAGAAMAGUCACACCAAUACGCAAGUUUAAGUAUUGUUUCGCACGACAGGCCCACAUACAAAAAAAUACUUUCUUCAAUCCCAUAAUGCACCUCGCCAAACAUUGCAUAGCGUCGCAAAGAGCAUUACGAUUUCCUGUAGUCAAAUAAGGUCUGCUUGGUUUAGCUUUUUGACUUAUCUUGAUUAAUGUUGGCUGUAAAUUAACGCAUGUUGAUUAUAUUCAAAUGGUGAUGUUAGCACCGUUAGACACAGUGCAAAAUCUUCUAUGUAAUUAUCAGACGCAUAGAUUAAACGUGAAAGAAUGAUUUCAUUGGUUUGUAAAAGAUUUAGUAGAGCGUAUAUACUAAAAAAAUAUUGGACCUUUAUUCAGAAUUGAAUGUAUAAAUUAAUCCAUCCUCUCUGAAAUUUACCUUCCGUCUCGUCUCAGGGGGGGAUAUUUUUGUAGAAAGUGAAACUUAGACUUGAUCAGUUUUCAGGGCUGAAGCCCGUGUAAUAUACACAUAAAUAUAGAAAGAGUGAUUUUUUUUUAUAAUAUGAGCAAACAUCUAUAUAUAAUCAACUUCCACCUCAACCCUCAGACACCUAUAUUUUAAUUUACCGACUUUUCGUUGAGUCACUGGACACUGUCGCUAAUCUCGAGGUAUCCCUAUAUGUAGUGAGAGUUGACUGUAUAAGUGUACCUCACUAGUUAGAGAUAUUUAGUUAUCUACAUGUACAAUCUAUUGCAAAAUAACGUGUAACACCCUCCAUGGGUGUGUUACUACAACCUCCCCUCCCUGUGUGCAAUGUUGGUUUUCGCUUAGUUGAAGAAGGAAUCGCUUAAAAAUCGUCCUGGAUGAACGGUCCAACAAUUUACCGGGAAAAGGGGCGGGGGGCGAGGUGUUCCGUUUAUUUUGCAUAAGAUUGUAGGAUUCAGUACGAAGAAGUAUAUACAACAAAUGUACAAUGUUUUAAUAAACUUUGUAUGUUGGAUGAAUAAAAUAAACAAAUCGUUCAAAUCAGGCUUCA